AUGACUGUCCAAGAUGCCUCUCAGUUUGAUCCGCGGACGCAGCUGCUCCCUCACAUCGUUGACCACUACGCCAAGGUCAAACCCGACGCCACCUAUGCUGCAUACCCAGUCUCUCUGAUGAGCUAUGAUGAUGGAUACCGGCCCAUCACAUUCAAAGCAUUUGCAAAUGCCAUUAACGGCAUUGCCUGGUGGCUAACGGAGAAGCUGGGACCCGGUGACGGUGAAACCCUCGCUUACGUGGGACCUAAUGACCUGCGGUACCCGGCCUUGGUAAUGGGUGCUGUGAAGGCAGGAUAUCGCAUGUUUCUCACCUCCCCAAGGAAUAGCGUGGCUGCUCAUAGUAGCCUGUUCAAUCGCCUCAGUUGCACUAAGCUAGUCACCCCAGUGCCCCAUCCACCGCCAGUGAAGGCCAUCCUGGAAGGACAAACGCUGGAUAUACUGGAGGUGCCUAGUGUCGAUGAGCUGAUAAGCAAAGAAUAUGCCCAUUUUGAAUUCUCUAAGACUCACCCGGAAGCUGCAGGGGAGGUUCUCGCCGUAAUUCAUACAUCUGGCUCCACAGGAAUUCCAAAGCCGAUCUUCUGGACCCAUGACACCGCGUGCAAGCAUAUGCAUACGACGGUUCUGGAUCCCCCAAGGGGCCAUGAGAGCCAGGAUAGCUGGCUCUUUGGCAAGCGGAUAUUCCUCGUUCCGCCACCAUUCCAUGCUGCGGGUCUGGCAUAUUCGCUUUUCAUUACCAUUCCAGUCGGCACUACCGUCAUCUUUCCGGCAUCUGGCGGUCUUCCUACCGCCGCCUCCCUUGUAGAGGCAAGAAAGAAGACUCAGAUUGAUGUUCUCUUGGGUGUUCCUUCCAUCAUCCAAGAAUUCUCCCAGAGCCCGGAGCUUUUGGACUACUGCAGCAAGCACCUUGAACGCUUGGUUUACUGUGGUGGAGAUCUUCCCCAGCCGAUUGGGGACGCCGUAGCAUCUAAGAUCAAACUCAUGAAUCUAUACGGAGCGUCCGAAGUGGGCAUGAUCAGCACUAUUUAUUCCAGAAUAAACCGAGAUCCUCGCACAGACUGGAGAUAUCUUCACAUCAACCCCCGAAUGGGAGCUGAGCUCCGUCACGUCGCCGAUCAGUACUACGAACUCGUGAUUGUCCGAAGCCCGAAGACUGAGAAGCACCAGCUUACCUUCACAGUCUUUCCAGAUCAGAAGGAGUACCACACCAAAGACCUCUUCGUGCGGCACCCGGACCCCAGUAAGCCGGACCUGUGGCGAUGGGCCGCUCGUGCAGAUGACGUGGUUGUCUUUCUGAACGGCGAGAAAACAAAUCCUGUGUCUAUGGAACAACACAUCGCUGCAUCCAAUCCAGAAGUUAACGCAGUUCUAGUGGCUGGGGCACGUCGCUUCCAAGCAUCUCUAUUAGUUGAAAUUGGAGGCAAGGAACUCAGUGCACCUGAGCGCGCCGCGAUGAUUGAGAAACUCUGGCCAAGUAUCGAACAAGCCAACGCAGUUUGUCCAGCGCAUGCACGCGUGGCCAAAACCCACAUUAUGUUCACAAAGCCAGACAAGCCGAUGCUUCGCGCCGGAAAGGGAACUAUCCAGCGAGCUGCCUCACUCGAACUGUACACCUCGGAAUUGGAUGCCUUGUAUACCGAUGCGGACAAACUAUCGCAGACAGCCAGUAACGGUGAACCUGCUGGACCUGGCCAGGUGGACGAUCCGAAAGUCCUUUCGGGUUACAUUAGAAGAACAAUCAACUACGUCACUGGGUGGGAUCUCACAGAUAACCAAAAUUUCUUCGAGCUGGGCCUUGACUCCCUGCAGGCUAUCACCGCCACUCGGGCCUUCAAGAAGGGUCUUGAUCUCCCAACACUCACUCCAAACCUGAUUUAUCUCCAUCCCUCUGUGGAUGAGCUCACCCAGGCAGUGCUUCACCUGCAGCAACAUGAGGAGGCUUCUGCUGAGGAGCGAAAAGAAGCCCAGCUGCAGCAGCGGGAAGAACUACUACAGGAGCUCAGUAGCCAGUUUCAAGCGCCCAAGUCCCAUGUGGUCAUUUUGACCGGCUCGACCGGUAACCUGGGAAGCUAUCUUCUCGAUACUCUCCUACAGUCCCCUUCCGUUGCCUACGUGCAUUGUCUCAACCGCACACCCUAUGCAGGGGAAAGCCACCGCGUAAAACAUGGCGGAAUGAAAACCGAUCUGUCUCGAGCGAGCUUCUGGACUGCGGACCUUUCCCAGCCGGACCUAGGCCUGGGACCUGAUGUCUUCAAAACCUUGGGGAACAUUGCCACUCUAAUCAUCCACAACGCCUGGGCAGUAAAUUUCAACCUCAGCCUGUCAUCCUUCAAGCCAAACCUCACCGGUGUGGUAAACUUGAUCAACUUCGCUACCCAAUCACAUCAGUCACCCCAUCUCUUCUUCAUAUCAUCCAUUAGCUCCACUAUGGGCUACUACACAAAAACCGGCCUAACCCCGGAAGAGGUGAUCACAACUACAACCCCCGGACCCAACGGCUACGCAGAUAGCAAGUACCUUGCAGAACAGUUACUAGCGCAAGCGGCUCGUCAGGGUCGACUGCACGCCUCGUUCGUACGUGUCGGUCAGAUAGCAGGGCCGGUCCGCUCAAAGGGAGUAUGGAACAAGACCGAAUGGUUUCCGAGCCUCGUCCUCAGCUCUUAUCACCUGGGUGUUUUGCCUGAUACGCUCGGACCGGCCCUCCAUCGCAUCAACUGGGUACCGGUUGAUCUGCUUGCUGAAGUCCUAGUGGACUUGGCAGUGGCUUGUCGACGCGGGGAACCCGGAUCUGUCCAGGUAUAUCACCCAGUGAACCUGCACCCGGUAGACUGGGAGGCAAUUCGUCCAGUAGUCGCCGAAGCUAUCUUUAAGGUUUCAAGAAAGACUAUCAAGACUGUCUCCUUUACCGAGUGGGUGCAGCGCGUCCGGCAGGAUCUGGAGAUGGCUGGUGAUACCGGCGAGAAGAUGAGUGACGAAGAGCUGCAGAAACGAUUGGCCAAAAAUCCAGCUGCAAAGUUGUUGGAAUUCUUUGAAGGGAUUAUGUCGCAGACUGAGCGAGUGAAUGUGCUGGAUACAAGGUUGACGGGACAGGUCAGCGAGAAGUUGCGGGCUGUGGAUGCAGUGAAGCCGGAAUGGAUGAAUGUGUGGGUAGAGGAGUGGGUUCGUCGUGAGUUGGUUGUGGAUUGGUCAAUUGUUGGUCGUGAGUUGGGUGUGUGGAAAAAAUGAAUUUCGAUGUAGUAAUGUUC